CAGGUUCCCCACAAUGUCUCCCCUCAAGUCCCUUCCAACAAGACCUUCAUGGAGAGACGGCAGCGAUCUGCCCAGACUCAUCCGCUGGGAUGACUAUGAGGAACUGCCUCAGAGAGAAAACGUCGCACCUCAGAAGUCUGCAUUACUGACUUCAGACUUGUGGAAUAAAAGACACAGUGUUGCUAUUGGAGAUGUGGAUGAAUGCAAGCUGAUACGUAGGAGGGAAGUGACUUCUAAACAAGUGGACCACAUCUGGAAAUCAAUGACUAUUACACAUUUGCAGAAAGUUCUGGGCUUGAAGACUCUGGAUGGAGUUUUAAACCCAGCACAUGUGAAUGGCAGGCACAUUGUUCACAAUAUCUUCAAUGUUAAUAAAGCAGGUUUAGUUGUGCUGGAGAACCAAGCUGAGGACAUGCCAUAUUGGGUGAUCUCAGCUAUGAGGUGCCUUGCAAAAUGGCCUGAUGGAAAUGAUGCCAAACAGCCACUAUACCCAGGUUUUGAGCGAGAUGUUUUGAGAACAGUCGCAGAUUAUUAUCAGAGACUAAAAGAGCCCUUGCUGACCUUCCAUCUAUAUGAGGUCUUUGUCAACAUCCUCAGCUUGUUACAAGAGCAGGAGAACGCCACUGAAGCUCUUCAGGUCAGCUGCCUGCUGCUGCCGCCGCCCAACCGGAGACGGCUCCAGCUGCUGUUGCGCCUCAUGGCUCGGGUCUGCCACAAUCCUCACCUGCCUCCACUUAAUGACGCCAUUGCUACUCGAACACUGAUGGUGCAGAUGUUCUCUCCCUGUGUCCUGGGCUCCGCCGAUGACAUGGACCUGGAUGAGCUGCUUGCUACCAAACUGGUGACCUUUAUGAUGGAGCAUCACAACAUCAUCUUCCAAGUGAAUACCAAGCUGCGAUGUCAGGUGGAGGAGCAUCUGUCACAUUUAAAAAGAGCUCAGAUCAAAUAUGCAGGCUCGGAUACAGAUUUCAGUGCAUCCCCGGCUUUCUGCAGACAGAUUAAGAGGGUGGACUGUGAGGAGCAGAAGGUAAUAGGUACGCAGAUCCCCCUGCAACAACUGUUAGAAGGCCUGAUUGCAGACAAAGAACUCCCUGCUAAAGACAAAAGGAAAAGACUCAAACAGUUCCAGAAGUCUUACCCAGAGGUGUACCAAAAGCGAUUUCCCACUGAGGAAAGCAAAGCUGCUGUCAUUCCUGAGAAACCCCCCCGGCUUAAACCUCAUCUCAUGUUUUUAAACCUCAAGAAACCGUUCCCACCUUUCCAGAGAAGCUGGAGUUUUAGGGCAUGAAAUGACGCUCUUUGUGCUUCACCCUUAAAACACGUCUAAACCUCAUUUACACAAGUGUAGCUGUAAUGGUAGACUGCUGACAAUUUUGGUACUCUUUUUAACAUUAUAGUUUUAUUAGACAAGUCAAAGUAUGCACUACUGUUGGACUCAAACCCUUUUUUUAAUACCAUAAAAUAAUCUCAAGGGAUCCUCACCUUUCUACAUAAUCUGUUAUAGCAUAUGAGCAUUAACACAUAUCAACCUUUCAAACUAUUAACACUUGAGUGGUGAACAGAUCUUUCUUGGUUUUAAGGGAAAUG